AUGGACGGUCAGUCUCAGAUCCCCGGUGGUGGACAGAUGGACGGUCAGUCUCAGAUCCCCGGUGGUGGACAGAUGGACGGUCAGUCUCAGAUCCCCGGUGGUGGACAGAUGGACGGUCAGUCUCAGAUCCCCGGUGGUGGACAGAUGGACGGUCAGUCCCAGAUCCCCGGUGGUGGACAGAUGGACGGUCAGUCUCAGAUCCCCGGUGGUGGACAGAUGGACGGUCAGUCUCAGAUCCCCGGUGGUGGACAGAUGGACGGUCAGUCUCAGAUCCCCGGUGGCGGACAGAUGGACGGUCAGUCUCAGAUCCCCGGUGGUGGACAGAUGGGCGGUCAGUCUCAGAUCCCCGGUGGUGGACAGAUGGGCGGUCAGCCUGAGAUCUCCGGUGGUGGACAGAUGGACGGUCAGUCUCAGAUCCCCGGUGGUGGACAGAUGGACGGUCAGUCUCAGAUCCCCGGUGGUGGACAGAUGGACGGUCAGUCUCAGAUCCCCGGUGGUGGACAGAUGGACGGUCAGUCUCAGAUCCCCGGUGGUGGACAGAUGGACGGUCAGUCCCAGAUCCCCGGUGGUGGACAGAUGGACGGUCAGUCUCAGACCCCCGGUGGUGGACAGAUGGACGGUCAGUCUCAGAUCCCCGGUGGUGGACAGAUGGACGGUCAGUCUCAGAUCCCCGGUGGUGGACAGAUGGACGGUCAGUCUCAGAUCCCCGGUGGUGGACAGAUGGACGGUCAGUCUCAGAUCCCCGGUGGCGGACAGAUGGACGGUCAGUCUCAGAUCCCCGGUGGCGGACAGAUGGACGGUCAGUCUCAGAUCCCCGGUGGUGGACAGAUGGACGGUCAGUCUCAGAUCCCCGGUGGUGGACAGAUGGGCGGUCAGCCUGAGAUCCCCGGUGGUGGACAGAUGGACGGUCAGUCUCAGAUCCCCGGUGGUGGACAGAUGGGCGGUCAGCCUGAGAUCCCCGGUGGUGGACAGAUGGACGGUCAGUCUCAGAUCCCCGGUGGUGGACAGAUGGACGGUCAGUCUCAGAUCCCCGGUGGCGGACAGAUGGACGGUCAGUCUCAGAUCCCCGGUGGUAGACAGAUGGACGGUCAGUCUCAGAUCCCCGGUGGUGGACAGAUGGGCGGUCAGUCUCAGAUCCCCGGUGGUGGACAGAUGGACGGUCAGUCUCAGAUCCCCGGUGGUGGACAGAUGGACGGUCAGUCCCAGAUCCCCGGUGGCGGACAGAUGGACGGUCAGUCUCAGAUCCCCGGUGGUGGACAGAUGGACGGUCAGUCUCAGAUCCCCGGUGGUGGACAGAUGGACGGUCAGUCCCAGAUCCCCGGUGGCGGACAGAUGGACGGUCAGUCUCAGAUCCCCGGUGGUGGACAGAUGGACGGUCAGUCUCAGAUCCCCGGUGGUGGACAGAUGGACGGUCAGUCUCAGAUCCCCGGUGGUGGACAGAUGGACGGUCAGUCUCAGAUCCCCGGUGGUGGACAGAUGGGCGGUCAGUCUCAGAUCCCCGGUGGUGGACAGAGGGACGGUCAGUCUCAGAUCCCCGGUGGUGGACAGAUGGACGGUCAGUCUCAGAUCCCGGUGGUGGACAGAUGGACGAUGGACGGUCAGUCUCAGAUCCCCGGUGGUGGACAGAUGGACGGUCAGUCUCAGAUCCCCGGUGGUGGACAGAUGGACGGUCAGUCUCAGAUCCCCGGUGGUGGACAGAUGGACGGUCAGUCUCAGAUCCCCGGUGGUGGACAGAUGGACGGUUAG